CAGUUCCACAUGUUGAAAUUGUGUUUCUUCAUCUGUUUGAUAUACUGGGUGAAAUCAGAUGAGGAACAAAAUUGUCCUGAAUUUACAGACCUAAACAUAGGCAAUGCUUUGUCUGGAACACAACUCCAUGUUCAGCUACUCCUGUACACGAGGGAAAAUCAAGAUUGUUCUGAGAGGCUCAUUGAACACAACGUUACUGCAUCUGAGUACCUGAAUACAACCAAGAAAAUUGUCUUUGUUAUUCAUGGCUUCAGGCCAACAGGAUCUCCUCCAGCGUGGCUGGGUGACAUGAAGGAGCUUUUACUGUCUGUAGAGGAUAUUAAUCUCAUUAUAGUUGAUUGGAAUCGUGGUGCUACCACUGUGAAUUACCUAACUGCUGUGGAAAACUGCAGAAAAGUUGCAGAAAUACUGAAGAAUUAUGUUGACCAGAUGCUGAUGGGUGGAGCUUCUCUUGACUCUGUGUACAUGAUUGGAAUUAGUCUUGGUGCUCAUAUAGCUGGUUUUGUUGGCCAGAAGUAUAAUGGCAAACUUGGCAGAAUUACAGGUCUGGAUCCAGCAGGCCCUUCGUUCACUGGAGAGCCACCGGAGCACAGACUGGAUCCGACUGAUGCACAGUUUGUGGAUGUAAUCCAUUCAGACACUGAUGUACUAGGUUUCAAGAAGCCUUUAGGAACCAUUGAUUUCUAUCCAAAUGGAGGAAUGGAUCAGCCUGGUUGUCCAAAAACCCCUUUCAGUGGAUUUCGGUAUUUUAAAUGUGACCAUCAGAGAUCUGUCUUCCUCUUCUUAUCAUCUUUGAAAAGCAAGUGUGACAUAAUAACAUAUCCUUGUGACUCUUAUUUGGAUUACAAGAGAGGAAAAUGUGUUGAUUGUGAUGCUUUCCAGCCAAUGUCCUGCCCAGUACUGGGUUAUCAUGCUGAUAGAUGGAAAAACCUGUUGAUACCAUAUAGCUCACCAACAAAAUCUUACUUUGAUACCUCAGGCGAAGACCCAUUCUGCAUGUACAACUACUUACUGGACAUCACUACCUGGAAUAAAAGCACUAGGAGAGGUUUCAUCAAAGUUAAAAUAACAGACUAUGCUGGGAACACAGUAGAGUCACAGAUGAAUAGUGAAGCUUCAACAUUUCAGCAAUAUAAAAGAGUCAAAAUACUGACUGGAUUUCACCAAGACAUUGAAAACAUUGCAAAAAUUUCCUUGACCUAUUCUACAAAGACUUUAAUAGGCCCAAAGUACAAGCUUAGGAUUCUUCAGAUGAAGCUGAAAUCUCUCAAUAAUCCAAAAAGGCCACUGCUGUGCAGAUACGAUUUUGUACUGCUGGAGAACAUUGAACUGACCUUCAAACCUAUCCCUUGCUCUGAGAGGGGUACAUGA